AUGCAGCCGAACUCGGCGAGCAGGUCUUUUGCGAGUCCAAACAGUGCCCAGCCCGAUAAAGCAUCGGCCCUCCGCGAAUCCGGACAGGCGAUCGAUGACCUGCCAGAAGAUCCAACGGGGGACUAUCUGACGGAGAUCCAAGAAGACUACUUUCUCGGCCUCUAUUGGCACUCGUAUCAUUGUACGUAUCAGAUCUUGGACGAGGCGGAGUUCCGUCAACACUAUCGGUCAUUGUGGACGGGGUCUGGUCCUCGAAAGCCGUCUGCUCUGGUUGAUAUUGUGCUCGCCCUGUGCAUGCAGUAUGGUGUCUCGUUCCUCUCGCGCAGCGAGACCGACGGCUUCAAAACGGACGUGGAUAGCACUGAUGCCACCAUCGCCGGGAGGGCGCUGUACCGUCGAUCCCAAGCAUUGUUGAAAAACGAAUUGGAGAGUCCAUCCAUAUUCACCCUGCAGUGUCAUAUGUUCACGGUUGUCUACCUGUGCAAUGCCUCGUUCCAGAACAUGGCGCAUAAUCUACUUGCUCUUGCAGUGCGCACGGCUCAAAUCUUGGGCUUGCACCUGGAACCCCCCGAGGAUCUCCCUCGACAACACAAAGAGCUGCGCAAGCGGCUAUGGUGGACAUUGUACGCAGUGGAGGUCAAAACAUGCAUGAAGCUCGGUCGGCCCUGGUCUGUACAAAUGGCGGACAUCUCCUGCAGCUUGCCUUCUGAUGACCGGGAUCUUGUUUUCCUCUCAGGGUCCAAUUUCGCUUGCAUCGGCGAGACUACCUGGCUGACGUACAGUGUGCAGCUCGGGAAACUGGUCAUGUCAGCCCGGGGCGUCUAUGUUGCGUUUUUCGACAAAUGUGCCGAUAUCUUGACCAAGACCGGUGGGAAGAGUCUGUAUACUGAUCCUACGUCGUUGGAAACAUGCGCCGAGUUCCUUCUUUCGUGCCUAGAAUGCAUGCAUAAUUGGCUGGACACGGUACCCGACGCACUCAAGACAAAACGCAAAGAUGGCACAGCCGCAUUCGCGACGGAAAACGUGUGCUUGGAAAUCGAGCGUUUCGCACCCGAAUGGCUCCAACGACAGCGCGUCCUUCUCGAGCUACUGUAUCAUAACCUGUCUAUGAACCUCUGUCGGCCCUUCAUCUGCUUCCCCACAUCGAAAGCAACGGUAACGCCAAACGCCGACACCCUCGCAACCAAGAGCGUCCACCACGCAAUGGCUCUUACACACAUCAUGUAUCAGAUGAUCACCGAGACCAAGCUCCUGAAUGGCUGGCACGAGGCUUUCCAGUGGCAGUGGAAUGCCGCCUUAUCGAUGGUCGGGUUCGCUCUAGCGUACCCUUUCCGUCCGAUCACCCCGACAGUCCGCGACGCCAUCGACACCGCUAUCGCUGUGUUCGAAAUCAUGGGGAAGAGCUUUGCCGUCGCGGCCAGCGCCGCGAACGUCACUCGGGAUGUCGCCGCGAAGGCCGACUUUUUAGUCCAGCGUGCGCACGGCGGUAAUGCCGCGCGGGCGCUCUCACCUCCGGAGGAUCAUGACCUGGGUGCUCAAUCAGCGGGAUUGUCCUUUGCUGGUAUCGACGCACAGGACCUCCCGGCUGGGUUGGACGAUUCGAUGGGCUUGGCGUUUACGGUUGAUUCGUUUACAAGUUUCGAGCCGGUUUACGCGGGGAACUUGUUUGAUAUGUGGACAGUGCCGGAGUUGAAUUUCGACGGUUUUUAA